UUUCAAAAUUAAUAAGUGUAUUGUUUUGAUAUGUUUUUGGUUUUGGAAUGGGAAAUCGUUCGUAAUCGAAAAUGAUGUUUCUGUAUUUAACUAUUUUAAAGUUAGAAAUCAUUUCUGUCCCAAUUUCCAUUCAACUUUUUAGUAGUUUUGUUCUACUGUUAGCCGCUGUGAUCAACAAUACAGUUUCAUUGAAUGAUUAUUAAGUACAUAUUUUUUGACUCAUUACUGAAUUUUACAAAAUUGGUGAGUUAUAGCAGAGGGUCAAGUGAUUAGGGCUGCCUCAGUUUCUAAUCGAUGAUUGAGGUUGUUCUUCAUUACUUGGGACAAACAUCGAUUCCAGCAUUCCUUUCUUUCAUAUGGAAUGGAUAAUCCAUCAGAAAAUGAACAAGAGUUCAGUAUUGAAGAAACUUUGCCUGGUGUACGAAGACCGAUGAAUGCUUUUUUCAUCUUUUGUAAACGCCACAGAGAUAUUGUCCGAGAGAAAUACCCUCAUUUAGAGAAUCGUAGUAUAACCAAGAUCUUGGGAGAAUGGUGGGCAAAUUUGGAUCCAUCAGAAAAAUCCUCCUAUACUGCUUUGGCCAAACAGUACAAAGAAGCAUUUAUGAAAGCUCAUCCAGAUUUCAAAUGGUAUAAAUUGCCUACUCCUCCUGCUAGAACUUUGGUAACUCGACCAACAAACAGAGUAUUUCAGCAGAAUGAGAAAAGUUCUGAAAAUUGUGGUAUAACUAUAGGAAAAUUAGUAGAUGAUGAACAAUUGGGAGGUUUAAGCUCUCUAAUUAAUACUUCUGUUUCUGGCACACAGACUGCUGAUAGCAUUAAUUUAGGCAAUUCAUUAAUGGCUCAAAAAGGAGUAGAAAUAAUUGCAAAGCCCCCUAAAAAACGAUACUUAAUCAAUGGAGAAUUCCAGUCUUAUGCAGAGCCACCUCCUGAUGAUGGGCAAGAUUGUCAAUUGCAAGAUGCAUGUUCUACCCUAUUAGAAUUUGCUGAGAUUUGUACAAGUAAUGCUGUUCGUGAAAGUGCCACUAUUGCAUUUAGCUCAUCUGAAGGAAUACCUUCCAUGACAUCUUAUGAUUCAUCUACUUCAAACCAUUGUGGCUUUUCAUCCAAUAACGCUGACUCAUUUGCCAAGUUUGAGGAGACGAAGCUUGAAGAAGGAUCUCAAAACUUACCUUUUACUGCUUCAAGUCAGGCUUUUAGGAACAAUGUAAGCAAAUCUAAUGCAGAUUUUCUGACUCAGGAUCAACCUCUUGAUUUAUGUAAAAACAAAGACAAAAAUGACAUUUCUGUAAAUAGUAAAACCAUCACCACUAGCCACCAACAGCUAAUUGAACAUUUUGUAGAUAAAUUUUUGUGUGCAAAACCUGUGCCUCCAAGCAAUUUUAAAUCAGACUUUCUUGACCCAGUUCUAUCAAAAUUAUUCUCUAACAAAUCUUGUGAUGUUCCUUGUACAGUGCCCAGCAUUGAACCUUCCUCAUUUACUCUCUCUGUUGCUAUUGAAUCUGCCGUAGAUAAAGCAUAUAGUUCUGAUUGUGUCAAAUCUCCUGUAAAAGUAUCACCUAAUGUUGACACUUUAAGAAGUACAAGUUUUGAAUUAGAUACUCGGUCCAAAGAAGAUUGUGACAAUAUUGUAAAGCCAGAACUUAAACAGCAUGCCAAAUUUGUUGAACAAAAUUGUGUAAAGCUCUUCUCUUCAGAUUGCAAAAUUAAGGAUAUAGCUAAUUCUAAGGAGCGGAAUAAUGUUCUUUCUUUGAAUGCUAAAGUUGAACUCUCCAAACAAGAAUCAAUUGAAGCAAAUAUACCUGAGUGUAGUAGUGGCAGUAGUAGUAGUAAAUAUUUUUGUAAAUUAGUUUCGCCUCCUAAAAAGUCUAGUGUGUGGUGUAAUCUUUUUAUGAAUGAACAAUUGACUAAAAAUGAUAGUAAGACUACUUCAAAUAUUUCUAAUGACUCAGUAGCUGGUUUUCAAUCUCCUACCAGAAGAAGUUCUCAGCGUACGUGUAAAGGUAGACGCUAUCAAGCUCUUAUUACUGAGGGACUAUUACAAUCUGCUAAAGAACGCAAACAAAAUAACAAUAAGAAGUCUGUACUCUCUAACAGUAAACUGAAAACAAAGGUUGAAACUAUUAUUGAGAAUCAUGUUUUUGGUUCUAAAAAGAAAAGAAAAAAAGAAGGCCAAUCAAAAAAUAAAUCCACAAAAAUAGAAUCUCAAGCAGCUGAUGAAAGUUUGUUCAACUUGGAGGAAAAAAUUGCUUCAUUGCCUAAAUGCAAUUUCGAACAUUUAAAUAAAAAGAAAAAGAUAAUAUUAGAAGAAAGCAUGAAUAUUGAAAAGCAGAAAAACUUAAACAUUAAUUCUACCCUAACACAUGCAAAUGUUCAAGUGCCAUCUUCUGCAAUUUCUGAAUGGACACCAGUUUCUUCUAGUGGGAGAUAUAAGACAGGGACAUUUGAUUUAGAGCAACAAAUUGCCUCACUGCCAAAAUGUAAUAUUGAAUUAUUGAAUAAAAAGAGGAAAAAGGAAUGAAACGGGAUUAUUGGAUCUGUGAUUGAAAAUUUCUCAAAAUUACUUGAUCAAAUUUUUUUCGAAAAUAGCUGAAAUUUGGUCAAGAAGAGAUAAGAUUGAAAGUUUUUCUUUCUUCACUUCAUGCUACUUUAAACAUAAGGUUUCAAUGAAAAAAAAUUUAUCCAUAUUUUGAUUUAUGUUGUAUAAAUUUAUCUCCCAACUACCCUUGUUCUUGUUUCUUUCCUAGGAUUUUUUUAAAAAACAUUGUAUAGUGUACAGUUUUCCUAAUUAGGAGUUUUUUACUGUCUAUUGAUGUGUGAGUAAUUGUUUCAGCUAGCUAUUUUAUUUAAUUCAGAAAUCUGUUGGAAUUGAUCUAGUUAGAUAACCAAUAUUACAUUACAAGUUAAUUUUAAAAAUAUUUAAAGCAUUCCCCAAAGCUUAAAAGCAUUUCCAUAUUAUUUAAUUGUGACUGAUUAUAAAGCAUUUGCAUCUAAUUAAGAGUUUUUAUUUUAAUCAGACAUUAAUUCCUAAAUAUGUUUUUAUUUCAUUAUAAUUAUUAUUUGUUAAAGAAUAUGCCAAAAAUAUCAGAACUCUGCUACUCAAUCAUUAAUAAAAAAAACUAGUUUUUUUUUAACUAGAUUAUGUAUUAAAAAAAGAAAUAUCUGGUAUGAUCAUAAUUACAAAAAUAUUCUAUCUUCUCUCUCUUAAGAAUUUUAAAUAUAUGCUAUAAAUAUUUUCAGAUCUGUAAUCAACAUGUAAAAUGGCUUCAUAUGUGUGCAUACAUUUUCAAUAGUUAUUGAUAUUUUUUCAUGAAGUUGCUUGAAAUUAUACUCAAUGUGAGCAAUGAUAACAUUAUUUCAUUGUUAAAAAACGUGUUGCAGCUUAUAUAAUUGAUAAGUACACAGUAUAAAGAAAAUGAACAACUUGAAUAACUUUUGGUGUAAUAAUCCGAUUUUUACGUACUAAGACUCAGUCUUAUUGGUUCUUUAGCUUAACCCAGCAAUUCUCAAUCUGUGGAGCCAGAGCUUCGCUGGGGAUCAUGCAAUGAGACCAGAAGCACUGUGGCAUUUUUGUUUUACAAGUGAUUGUAUCCUUUCGAAUCUUCUGAACAUUGAACGAGCACCAUCAGUGCAUAUUCCGACACAUUUUUUAUCCAUUCUAUGUUUGCCUCGUUCAUAAAAUAAUUUAAGAUAGCAAAAGGUGUGAGUGCUGCUUUGAGUUUUAUUGGUUUGCAGAAAAGUAGUUUUACUACUGACAUAUAAAAAAAAUCAAGCAUAGGCAAAGAAAUGAGCAUCUUUAUUAAUAUCUGUUUGAGCUGUAUCAAAAACAAUUUGUCAUACAACUUCUAGAAAAGCUGACACAGUACAUCUUCAGCUAUAUCACCAAUUCGACGGGCAACAGUAUAAUUUGAAAGAGGCGUGGACUGCAAUUGUUUUGCAAAAUUAUCUCCUAACAUCGUUUCUACAAUCUCAUUGCUGCUGGCGAAAUAAGCUCUUCAUCUAUGGUGCGAGGCAUUUUAUCUGGUUAUUUUAUAUGGAACUUCGUAAGAGGCAAUUAAAGCUUUUUCAUUUACUGACAAAGUUUUUUAAAAAAAUGAUUUAUGCUUUUCAUGUUAUUUUAAUUAGAAGAAUUGUCUGGGUUUGUUGAUGCCACUGUGACGUGUUUCCAGAUGUCGUUUAAGUUUAUUAGGUUUCACGCUGUCUGCUGCCAACAUUUUUGAGUAAAUGAUACGCAGGGACCUUUCUUCUUCAUUUACUUCAAUACUGGUAAACCCAAAAUUUAAGUAUUCUUGAGAAUAUUUUUUUGAUUUCAUUUUCGGAAACACACUCAACUGUAUACUUGUUGAUGCUUGACUAUUGUCUAAUGCUUGCUUACACCCUCUUAAAAAUUUAUCCACGAUUCUGCUUAAAUCUGCUGCCGUGAAUAUUUAAAACUGUGAAUUGCAAUUAACACAAAAAUAUAUACAAUAUACACAUUAACGAUAGAUUCGAUAGCGAUAGAAGGAUCAACUCAAGAGACUGGCUGGAAGUGAAACUGGCAUUAUUGAACAUUCUCCUUCUCCUUAUGAGAAAACAUUUGCUCACAUCUCAGCAUCUUGUUGACAUUCCAGAAUGUUCAGGACAAAUCGGAGCUUCUCGGGAAACAGUGAAAAUGUCCGCUUGGUGGACACAAGAGCAAUAAAAAGACACUGAGUUCUUAUUUUGUUUAUGCUUAGGAUCAGUGUUGCUAAAUGUAAAUAAAUUUCCGUAUUCUUGGUAAUUUGUAAGGUUUAAAAUUAAAGUUGCCAAAAUACUCAAAAUACAUUAUUAUUGUAUAAAUUUUAUUGAAUGCGGGAGCGCAAUGAAAAUUAUGAAUGGAAAUUUGUGAGCGAAUACUGAAAGGU